AUGCACCCCGGAUUCGCACCCACACUAGUCGCCACUAGACCCAAUCUGGAAUCCACCUAUCGCCGUUUUUUGAGAUACCCAUUUAACGCCCGCGGCCAUUCCUCCUUCAAUAAAUAUGACUCCGCCGAGGCGAUCCCAACGCACACCAUAGGUGCAACAUUCUUGCCGAGGAAACGCACGCCUCCAGCCUGGACUACCAAACUCGUCAUCACUUCCAGCGAGUUGCACACUUGGGAAACAGUGUACGAUACUCUCUAUGGUUGA